AUGAAGGUCUCAUAUCAAGUUUCUCUAGUUGUUGGGUUGGUGAGUGGUGUUUGGGGACAGGCGGAUAAUGCUUGGAUUCAGGAGCAAUGGGAUGCUAUUAUUGUGGGAGCUGGACCUGCGGGAAUUGUUGUUGCAUCACGACUCUCCGAAGCUGGUCUCAAGACUCUGCUAAUUGAAGGAGGUAAUCAAUCUUAUGGAAUCACGGGUGGAGAUUUAGACACAAGAAGACCGGAAUGGCUUAGUGGUACAAAUCUCUCAAGAGUCGAUGUACCUGGACUUUAUAAAUCCAUUUUUGCAGAUGGAGGAGGACUCGUGUGCGGAGCAGAAGUAAAUGCUUAUGGAGGAUGCACUAUUGGAGGAAGUUCAGCCAUCAAUGCUGGAUUAUUCUUUGAACCUCCGGCUUCGGAUUGGGACUUGUACUUCCCUGCUGAAUGGAAUUCGACAAGCAUGGAUGCUUCCAUUCAACGUCUGUAUAAUACCCAACCUUCGACUAAUCUUACUUCUCAAGAUGGCAUUCGUUAUCUUCAAACUGGAUACGAUGCUGCGAGAAAAUGGUUGGUUGAUGGAUUGGGUUACAAAGAUGUUGAUAUCAAUGCUCAAGCCGACGAUAAAACCAAUGUAUUCGGCUAUCCAAUCUUCGAUUAUGACAAUGGUCAAAGAGGAGGUCCCGUUACCACAUAUCUGCAAUCAGCUCUUCAACGCAGUAACUUCCGUCUCCAAAGCGGAGUCCGUGUAGUAAGAGUUGAACGGGAUGGAGACACUGCCACUGGAGUAACAGCCCUGAUCAAUGGUGUCGAAACCAUCAUCUCAACUACACCAACAGGAAGAGUAGUUUUAUCAGCCGGCGCCAUUCAAAGCCCUUCUCUCCUUAUGUACUCCGGAAUCGGUGAUGCAGAAACCCUCUCCAAACUCUCCGCUGCAGGAAAGCUAUCUCCAAAUCUUACCAGUGCAGAGUGGAUAAACAGCACAGCAAUUGGAGCCGGUCUUUUCGACAACCCAAACACAUUUAUUGAACUCCAAGGUGAUUCCAUAGAGUCUUACACUUAUUCCUAUGACUCCCCUCCAGCCGGCGACAAAGCUCUCUAUCUCGAUUCCCGCAGCGGUCCCUACUCAUUCGCAUCCGAAACCUCCGUUUUCUGGACCACAAUCGCGCACUCCGACGGCUCCAUCGCAGGUCUCCAAGGAACCAUCGAUUCAUCCGGAUACUCCGACUUCACCACCAACAACACCAUCACCCUCAACGUCUACGGAACCUCGGGUCUCCUCUCAUCAGGUAAAGUCAUCCUCGACGAUAACUUCAUCCCCGGCCCCAGCGACGACGUCUACUACUCCAAUCCCCGCGAUGCCCAGGACAUCGCCUCAUUCAUCCACACCCUCUUUUCCGCCCUCCCAAACUCCGGUCUCACAUCCAUGAACAUCCCGCAAAACGCCACGGAAGCUGAAAUCGAGACCUACAUCACCACUUCCUCGGCAUACGCACGAGGAAUGGUUAAUCACUGGUCGUCGAGUUGUCGACUCGGAAGCUGUGUCGAUACCAAUACCACGGUUAUCGGCAUGCAAAAUGUUCAUGUGGUUGAUGCGAGCAUUUUGGCGCCGGUGACGACGAAUCCCCAGUUUGCGGUUAUGGCGGCGGGAGAGUGCGCGAGUGAGUUGAUUCUCGGAGUUGCGGGCGUGGAGUGCAGUUUCUGUGGAUAA